AUGGCUGAUCUGUCACCUAAAUCUUUGCCUUUAGGCCCAUUGGACGGUAGUGAUUUGUAUCACCGUCGAAUGAACUCAAAAGAUAGUUUAUUGAUGCCUAAAAAUAAUUAUAGUGAUUAUUAUUCCGGUGAAAAAAAUUUUUAUAUUGCUCCAAAACGUUCAGGAGUAACAGGGAUGUCUUUGGAUAAUAUGUUCUGUUCCCGGUGUCGGGAAGGAUUUGAACCUCAUGAAAAAAUUGUCAAUUCGCACGGUGAAUUAUGGCACACACAGUGUUUUGUAUGCGCUCAAUGCUUCAGACCAUUUCCAGAAGGAAUUUUCUACGAAUUCGAAGGUAGAAAAUAUUGCGAACAUGAUUUCCACGUGUUGUUCGCCCCAUGUUGUGGAAAAUGCGGUGAAUUUGUAAUUGGUCGAGUAAUAAAAGCGAUGAAUGCCAACUGGCAUCCAGGAUGCUUCCGCUGCGAAGAGUGCAACGGUGAACUAGCUGAUGCUGGUUUCAUUAAGUGUCAAGGAAGGGCUUUGUGCCACGCUUGCAAUGCGCGAGUUAAAGCUGGCGCACUUGGAAAGCAUAUUUGCCAUCAAUGCCAUGGAGUAAUUGACGACAAGCCAUUGAGAUUCCGUGGGGAAGUUUAUCAUCCGUAUCACUUCAGUUGUACAGCUUGUGGAGUAGAAUUGAAUUCCGAUGCUCGAGAAGUAAGAUCAAGACCUGGUUAUGCUGCUAAUGAAAUGAAUGAAUUAUACUGCUUAAGAUGCCAUGACAAAAUGGGAAUCCCAAUCUGUGGAGCUUGCCGACGACCUAUCGAAGAGCGCGUAGUUACCGCUUUGGGUAAACAUUGGCACGUGGAGCAUUUUGUUUGUGCUAAAUGCGAAAAACCGUUCUUAGGUCACCGUCAUUAUGAAAAGAAAGGUCUAGCGUAUUGCGAGACUCACUACCAUCAAUUAUUCGGCAACCUCUGCUUUGUCUGCAAUCAAGUAAUCGCCGGUGAUGUGUUUACUGCUUUGAACAAAGCCUGGUGCGUUCAUCACUUUGCUUGCGCAUUCUGCGACCAAAAGAUGAAUCAGAAGACGAAAUUCUUCGAAUUUGACCUACGUCCGGCCUGCAAAAAAUGCUACGAUAAAUUUCCUCAAGAAUUAAAGAAACGAAUGCGGCGCAUGUAUGAUCUUAAUCCUAAAAGAAUACCUGCCUCAUAA